AAGCGGAAUAUAUAGUUAAUAGGACUUGCCAAGUAGUCUUUGUUUGUUACUUGAUAAAGGCAGUGAAAACAGAACAGUGAUGUGAAUUGAAAAACAUGUCAUUUAUUUUGAAAAUAAGUUAUAUAACAGAAUAAGCUGGUGGGGGUCAGAAUGAGUCGAAAACAAAAAUACAAGAACAUAUGUAUCACAUAGGUAUGAUUAUGCAAUCUGACCCCUUACAACACAUAAUAAAACAUCGAAAUAGAGCUGCCUGUAAUCAAAUAAGGUGAGUUUUACAAAUAAAUCCGGCACACACACUAGCAUCAAAAUAGCAUUACAAAAGAGGAUGUGGAGGGGGGGAUGGUGGGUAUCAAAUUGAUUUUGUGUACACAAAAUGAAAUGAGCGGUCUUUGCACUCCAAGCCUAUAUAUAUAUAUAUAUGUGUGUGUGUGUGUGUGUGUGUGUGUUAAUGCUGUCGUAUUGCUAUGCAUGUAUACAUCAUUGCACGCGUGAAGUGAGGUCAACAGUCCCCGAGCUUUAAAGUUCUCCUUUUACCCCGCAAUAUUCAAGGUUGUCACGUAGCUAUAAUUCAUAAUUAUCAACGAGGUUAACAUCCUAUAAAUAUUGAUAUUGGCCACGUGUAGGAGCCCCUCUGACCUGAUUACUUCAGGUCACUGGCAAACCUUCCUUUUAACCCGGUGUAUUUUUAGCGCUUUUAUAUGUAUAGGGUAUAGGUAUAUAGUCCUCCGCUUUAGAUGCCUCACUUCAUCAUCACUCUGAUAACAAGAUACCAUAUCCCAUGAAAUAAAUAAUUCAGGGUGUUCAAAUAAUAUCAGAAUCAAGAAGGGUCAUUUGUUAACAAUUCAUACACACGUGUGUCCCCUUUUAGCCGGUAUGGAGCUAUGUAGAAAUGAGAGAGAGAGAGAGAGAGAGAGAGAGAGAGAGAGAGAGAGAGAGAGAGAGAGAGAGAGAAUAAAUACAUGCACAGAAUCAAUGGAAACUAACGAUAUCAAAAUGAAUGUUAUAGAAUGCGUGUUUAAUUAAAAGGGUGCAAUAUGAUAACUCAGCUGAAUCUAAAUGAAAUAAAUACAUCCAUGAGCCCUGCUUAAUACGACACAAUGUUCUCAGUUUACGAUUUAUGUUCCAUUUUACCAAGCCUUCAUCUACAGGGAAAAAAUUCAAAUGUAACUGUGAUUCAGGGUUUUUCCUUUAAAGUUAAUGCCUUUAAAUUAAAAUCAAACUACAAUGAAAUGAGAAUGAAAAUGCAUUUGAUAGUUUUUUUCCCUCGCUUCAGUUACGUUUGCUGAAAGAUAAUAAAAGCAUUGUUCGUGUAACAGGGGAAAAUCACAGUUUAUGGGGUUAUUUGAAACUGCCAAACAGAAUCUGAAUAACUGUCAGACUUCGGGGACCGGGACGGCAUUGAUGGUCUCCAUGAGGACUUCGUUACAAAGUGCGCAGUGUGGAAUGUGGCCUAGUUUCCGACCUUGGUAAUGCAAGCGUUAUCGCAUGUCGUAUGUAAACAUUUAAAGAUGCCGGACUUUGCCGUUUUCUUUCAGCCUAUGUACAUGGCUCAGAAACGAACAUUCAGAAAGCAUUCAUAAACCGAAAUGGAGGGACCUCAAAUUGCCUUCACCGUGCUGCUGUUGGCGUUGACCGGUUACUUUGGUAAUCGAUUGUGGACAGCCAUCAAUGGACCAUCGUACAAAGACAGAAUUCUUCGUUUAGCUGUCGUCGAUCAACAAUUACAUAACCAUACUAAUGAAUUUGCCCGACCGGAAGUCCUCAAAGUUACAGACGGUAUAUACAUAGCGAUUGGAUAUGCUUUGGCCAAUUCUAUAAUGAUAGAGGGGAAACAGAAAGUGGUGAUUGUUGAUGUUACGGAAAGUUACGAAACUGGACAAGCCAUCAUUGCAGCCUUCCGGAACAUAACGAAGAAGCCUGUAGCUGCAAUUAUAUACACCCAUAACCACGCGGAUCAUACAUAUGGUGCAAAGGCUUUUGUUGAAAACGAGUCGAAUCCUCCCGACAUUUGGGCACAUGAAAAUAUUCUUAAAGAGUUUAGACGCACGUUUACUGCAAACGCAGUUGGGUAUCGACGUGCGAUGCGACAGUUUGGAGUCUUUUUGCCAGACGGGGUGAAUUCUGGGAUUGGAAAAAUGUUGAAAUAUGGCGAUGGGAAAGCCACUUCAGGAAUUGUUAUUCCUAAUAGAUUUGUUACUGAACGUGUCACUAAUGUUACAAUAGCAGGUAUUGAAAUGUCAAUUGUUCACAUUCCCGGAGAAACAGACGAUCAAAUUGGUGUUUGGUUACCGAAGCAAGAAGCAUUUCUUUGUGCAGAUGACGUAUACAAAGCUUUCCCCAAUUUAUACGCCAUUCGAGGUACUCCUGAUAGGAAUCUCCUACAGUGGGUAGAAUCAAUAGACAUCAUCAUAGAAUACAACCCACAAUUCCUAGUUCCUAGUCACACACGCCCCCUAGUGGGAAAAUCGAAUAUACAGGAAGUGCUUACAGUCUAUCGCGACGCAAUUCAAUAUAUUCAUGAUCAAACAGUUCGUUAUAUUAAUAUCGGAAUGGACCUAGUAGAUAUUGCAAAUAAAGUGACUUUGCCAGUUAACCUCAAACAGCAUCCAUACCUACAGGAAUUUUACGGUACGACAGAAUGGUCAGUCAAAACAGUGUUUACAUCGUAUCUAGGUUGGUUUAGUGGUGACGCCAUGGACUUGUCGCCGUUGUCCAAAAAGGAAAAGGCCGAUCGAAUGGUUAAAUUAGUUGGUGUGAGUAAACUCCUUGAACAGGCUCGCGAAGCACAACGCGACAAGGAUUUCCAGUGGGCACUAGAACUCUCCAGUUAUGUUCUGAUAAUGAAUCCUGGACACAGAGAGGCUACAGAAAUAAAGUUAGACUGUUUGACAUCACUAGGAUCCCGCCAAAAGAGUGCAAAUGGACGGAAUUAUUAUUUAACUAGCGCAUUCGAACAAGCGGGUUUAGUUGACACUACUAGUAGUCUUCAAAAGAACAGAGAAAGUGCCAUAAAAUUGUUACCAGUGGAUUUGAUAUUUAGAGCACUUCAAGUUCGUUUCAAGCCGGAAGACUGUAGUCACGUGACAACAAGUGUAUACUUUAUUUUCCAUGAUUCAAGCACUCACAUUUUUCUUUUGAUACGAAAUGGAGUAGCGAUAGUCAAAACUGGAGAGUGUUUGCAGUGUGAUGUCGUUGUUAAAACUACCGAGAAAGUGUUCAAAGAAAUGAUCGGAAGUAGAAUUAGAGCAAUAACAGCAUAUGGAUCUAGUGAAAUAGAAAUACAAGGCGGAGCCAUGAACUUCCGUAAUAUUAUGUCUUGUUUUGAAAGAAACUAACUGAAUAAAUCUCGCUUCCCUCAA